UUAAAAAACAACUAGUAAAAACCUUUUUAUUAUUAUUUCAAUGCUAAUAACCUCAAACCAUGAACAGCAAUACAUAGUCCUUAAACUCCUCAAUAUGUCUCCUGUGCACUGUUUCGAAUUUUUGGUCUUCAGUUUUUGCAUACAAUCAUUUUCGAUUUUUACUUAUUUAUACUACUACGCAGACUUUGCAGCGAAAUCACUGACACAGGAACUAAAAUAUGAAUAUGAUUACAUCAUUGUUGGAUCCGGCACGGCAGGUUCGCUAAUAGCUCACAGACUUGCUGUAGAAACAAAUUACUCAUUUAUUGUACUAGAAGCUGGAGGAGGAAGCCACAACUUCCAUGAUGUACCAGCUUUUGCGCCACUUCUACAUGUGUCAGUGUAUGAUUGGGGAUAUGAGACUGUCUCCCAGGCGCAUGCUUGUUAUGCAAUGGAAAGAAAGAAGUGUAAACAAACUCAAGGCAAGAUAUUUGGAGGGUCAGCAAAACUCAAUAACAUGAUUCACGCAAGAAGCAAUUUGUCACAUUAUGCAGACUGGUUCCAUGGAAAAUAUACUAUUAAGGACUUAGAAUACCACUUUGCACAAACUGAAAAAAUGUUCCAAUUAAGUGACAUCCAAUACCAAAGUAAAUUUAGUGAAUCAGUAUUAAAAGCUGCCAAAGAAUUAGGAUAUGAUGAAAUAAAUGACUUUAAUGUAGGUUUUAUGAGACCUAAGUACACUCAGAAAAGAGGAAAAAGGUGGACACCAGCACAAAAAGUGUCAGCACAUCACAUUAGAACAAAUGUACUUGUAGAAAAGCUUUUAAUAAGGAAUAAUAAAUGCUUUGGUGUUCAAAUCAGUGGUAAAAAAGUGUAUGCUGCAAAAGGAAUCAUAGUAUCUGCAGGGACAUUUAAUUCUGCCAAAAUUCUACAAUUGUCUGGAAUAGGUCCUGCGGAGUUGUUGAAGUCCCUCGGGAUACCUGUGAUAAUGGAUCUUCCAGUUGGCAGAAAUCUGCAGGAUCAUGUUGGGACUGGAUUAGAUCUUAUACUGUUUGAUACUCAACAGUUAGUUGGGAUGUGGGAAAUUAUGCAUCCUAUGAGUGUCUAUAAUUACUUUGCCCAUGGCAAUGGUCCCAUGACGACGCCUGGAUGUGAACUAAUAGGAUUUUUAUCCACUAAAAAUACUUCUACACCUGAUAUACAAUUCAUGGUGCUACCUGUUGGCAUAUCUGCAGAUCGGGAUAGCCACUUAAGAAAGUCAUUGAGAAUAAAUGAUAGGACAUGGCAUAAUUAUUACAGUAGACUAUACAAUAAGUAUGCAGCAACAAUAUUACCAUUACUACUGCAUCCGAAAAGCAAAGGUGAAGUGAAAAUACAGAGCAAAGAUCCAAAAGUACCACCAUUGAUCGAUCCAAACUAUUUAGCUGAGACAGAUGAUGUUAGAACAUUAAUAGAAGGAUUAAAAUUAGUGAAAAAGUUUGUAGAAACUAAAUCAAUGAAAGAUCUAGGCGCUAAACUAAAUACUCUACCGUUCCCUGGCUGCGAGCAUUACAAGUUUUAUUCCGAUGAAUACUUGGAAUGUUAUAUACGACAUUUGACACUAACUAGCUACCAUUCAGUUGGUACAUGUUCCAUGAGCUCAGAUUCUAAACAUGCUGUUGUAGAUACAUCGUUUAAAGUGUUUGGUGUUGAUAACUUAUACGUAGUUGAUGCCUCAGUACUGCCAACAUUACCGAGUGCCAAUAUAAAUGCUGCUAUAGCAUUGAUGGCAAACCUAUUCUUCGAAGAUGCUAUAAAAAGGAAGUCUGAUAACUUGUAUUGUAACGCAAAUCCCUUUCCGCAAGAAAUAGAUAAAUGUUGGCCAUCAUGAAGUCAUGAUGGUCUUGAUAUAAAUGGAUAAUAUUGUGCCAUUCCAAUUAAUAAUAAGAAAAAGGAAAUUUAAUAAUAGGUAAGUGUUAUUUAUUGCAUAAAUCUGUUAUAUAAUUUGUCAAAGUUCCUAUUUAGAUUAAAUCUUAAAUGUAAAACAAAGCAUAGAACUUAAUCUAGUUUUUAUUAAGUCUUUUAAUAAAAAGGCAUUUUCUAAAACAAGUAGAUUAUAUUUUUGGUGUCACAUACCUAGACCUGUUCUUAAUCUGUGGCCUAUUGUUUAAUAUUGAAAUCUGUAAUAAUACAGCUAAAGAUACCUUAAAAUAUAAGAUUG